AUGGGGAACAUGGACGGGAAAACCGUGGAGGAGCUGAGCACGACCGAGUGCCACCAGUGGUAUAAGAAGUUCAUGACGGAGUGUCCUUCUGGCCAGCUCACCCUGUACGAGUUCAAACAGUUUUUUGGCUUGAAAAACCUGAGUCCGUCAGCGAACAAUUACGUUGAGCAAAUGUUUGAGACGUUUGACUUUAAUAAGGAUGGCUACAUAGAUUUUAUGGAGUAUGUGGCAGCUCUGAGCCUGGUCCUGAAAGGGAAGGUGGAUCAGAAGCUGCGAUGGUAUUUCAAGCUCUAUGAUGUGGACGGCAACGGCUGCAUUGACCGGGGAGAACUGCUGAACAUCAUCAAAGCUAUUCGAGCCAUCAACCGGUGCAACGAAACGAUGACGGCUGAGGAAUUCACUAACAUGGUGUUUGACAAAAUUGAUAUAAACGGAGACGGCGAGCUCUCCCUGGAAGAGUUCAUGGAGGGGGUGCAAAAGGAUGAGGUGCUGCUCGACAUCCUCACCCGCAGCCUGGACCUGACGCACAUCGUCCAGUUGAUCCAGAACGAUGGGAAGAACCCGCACGAGACGGAGCAGGCGGCCGAGGCUGCCCAGUAG